AUGACCAAUCAGACUCCAUACCUGGCCAUCCCGGCUCUCGUUGCAGCCUUCUACCUGACCAGGACAAUCUAUCGUCUCUACUUCCACCCGCUCAGCAAAUUCCCCGGCCCCAAACUGACCGCAGCAACCGGUCUUGUCGAGAUCUACUACGAUGUCAUCCGCGGCGGAAAGUUCCUCUGGGAGAUCGAGAAGAUGCAUGAGAAAUACGGCCCCAUCGUCCGCAUCACCCCCCACGAAAUCCACAUCAAAGACUCCUCCUACUACGACUCCAUCUACACAAACAGCAAAAAGCUCAGCAAAGACCCCAACUUCGUCGGCCUGUUCGGUUCUCCCCAGUCCAUGAUCGCCACCAUCGACCACGCCCACCACCGCUUCAGACGCGGAAUCCUCGCCAGCUUCUUCUCCAAACGCUCCAUCACAACCCUCACCCCGGUGAUAAAGGGCAAGAUCCUGCGACUCAUGGAACGCCUGCACGGGUUCCACCAGACCGACAAGAACAGCAGCAAGAACAACAGCCAGAAUAACAAAGCAGUCGACCUAAGCGCGGCAUUCGCAGCCCUCACGGCCGAUAUCAUCACGUACUACUCGUACGGCGAGAGCUUCGGCUUCCUCGACUCGGAGAGUUUCCGGAGCGAAGUGCGUGCGGCGAUCAUGGAGACCGAGGAGCUGGACCACAUCACGCGUCUGUUUCCGUUUGUGCUGGCGGUUAUGCGGCGAGCCCCCAGUUGGGUGUUUGAGUUUGUGAAGCCCGCUACGGCCGUGGUUGCGAUGAUACAGAGGACUGUUGCGGAGAGGUCGGCGAGGGCGAUUCACAGUCAGACCCGGAGUCGGAGUGCUGAAUCUAAAGCGGAGAAUGGGAAGGCGGGUGGAAUUUCCUACGGCAUGUUCGAUGCACUUACGGAUCCUGGACUGCCGGAUCAGGAGAGGACGCUGUCGCGGAUCCAUGAUGAGGGUAUGAUUCUGCUUAGUGGGGGGAUGGAACCGGCGGCGAAUGCUCUGACGGUUGCUGCGUUCCAUAUCAUCAAUAAUAAGGAGAUCAUGGCGAAGAUGCGCGCGGAGCUUGGGGCCGGGGUUAUGGAUCGUGGUGGUACUCUGGCUCAGCUUGAACGGCUGCCAUACCUGACCGGAGUUGUCAACGAAGCACUGCGCCUUUCUCACGGGCUUGUUAUACGGUCUCCCCGGGUCUCACCUACAGAGGCAUUAAUGUACAAGGGCUACAGUAUUCCCGCUGGAACACCCGUGGCCAUGUCCAGCUACUUCGUCCACAUGGAUCCGACGCUCUUCCCUGACCCGACAGUCUUCAACCCAGAUCGCUGGAUCGAAGCCACCAAACGAGGCUACAAUCUCACGCGAUUCAUCACCGCCUUUAGCAAGGGGACUAGACAAUGCGUGGGCAUAAACCUCAGCUACGCAGAGUUGUACUUGACCCUCGCGUACUUUGCAACCUUCUUCGACUACGAGUUGCAUGAGACGACAGAGGAGAAUGUCACUGUUGCGCGAGACCGCGGGGUCCCGUUUCCGGAGAAGGGGCAUUUGAUGGUGAAGGCGAAGGUUAUCAAGGUCCUUCGUGAUCCGUAUGCUGUGUAA